UAAAGCUUUCAAAAUAUUCAACACACAUAAGUUAAAAAUUUCUUUUAUAAGAAUGCUAAUAAAGCUUUUAGUGUUUUUUUUACUUUACCGAAUAACUUUAGGGAUAAAUUGUUAUCAUAAUCAUUCGGCUGAUCAUGAUCACUACGAUUGUGGAUGUUGUGCGGGAAUUAGUAACAACAAUGGCAAAGUCAUUGGGUACCAUUGUCAUUCAGGUGACCAGGAAUCAAUUCUAAGAUAUACGUUCGAAAAGGAAAGUGCGUUUUCUGCAUGUGUGCCAAACGGUUUUGAGAUAAAAUAUCCCAUUUUGGAAUAUUGCUGUUUCUGGUCGCCGAAAUUGGGGUGUACGAUUCUAGUUAAUGAAAAGUACAUUAAGGAUAAAGUCGUGUGCAAUCACUGCAAACAUUUUUGUCAAAGAACUACUAGAAGUAAAGGGAGCUCUAAAUAUGCACAUAAACUCGUAAUGGAACUUUCAGUGCUUAUGAUCGGUUGCACUUACUUUUAGAAUUAUAAUUCAUGUUUGCCCUACAAUGGAAAGUUUCUUUGUGUUCAUCCUAGGCCCUUCCACUCAAGGGAUACGAGUUAAUCAAAAAUGAAUAGUUAAAGCAACUGUUUGGCCAUCAUUAUCAUUGUUAUCAUUAUGAACUGUGCCCAGAGAGGGGUAAAUUUAAUUAAAACAACAAACGCGCGAUGGGCCAAAGAAAGCAGCCGUCGCUGGAAACUGUACGUGGAAAUGGAAAUGGGGAGACCCUGAUGCUAUCGUGACAAGCCCAAAUUAAGCAGCCCACGGGGUUACAUCAUCCAGUCGGGGACAUAACUGGAGGGUUGGGCAUUCAGCUUAAAGAGCAAACCAAGGCAACCACGACCAGCGAACAUGGCCAUAAGCUGGCCAAAAGAUGAAUGGCAACCGAGCCGGAGGUUCAUUAAAUAAACCAACACCUGAACUGAAAAUUUAAGUACAUGCUUCCCAUUCAGGGAUUUACAAGGAUUUUCACACUCACCCGUGGUUCCAUUUUCCUGCUCGCUCAAUUCGGCCAAAGAUGCCGAAAGGGCCUCAUUCAUCCUGGCCGCCGAUGUCGUCAUCGUCUUGGGUUGUGAUGCA